GCAGUGCAUGACGGGUCAGUCUAUUACUGUACUUCUAAAAGCACACUCCUGCUCAGAGGUGCCCUGUUGAGACAAAAAAAUGAACCUGCCGUCCAGAGAGGAGUGCGAGGGGUGGGACCAGGCACAAGUAGCCUUCUUUAUGUGCAAGAACAAAAUGCAAGAAUGUGCCGCCACCGUGAUCAAACUGAGAAUUAAUGGACAUAGAUUUCUGAACCUGUCCGACAGUGAUAUCACCAAGUUCAGUCUCAUCCAUCAACCGCAGCUUCAGAAGAUUGUUCAGGACAUCAAGAAAAAUGACGGCAGCCUACUGAAUAAAUUAAGAAGAUUAAAGAGCAAACCACUUCCUAAAGUGCCUGCAAGAGAUUACAGAGAUCACAGAGAAGAAGAUGAUGAAUCAUCGGAUCCUGAUUAUGAUAAUGACAUGUAUGAGGAUCCACGUGAGGGCCAGGAUGACAGCUACGAACCUCCUCCCAGCCACAAAGUCUUCACAACAACUUCCUCAGCUUCAUUCUUGAGAGGGGAGUAUCUUGACAACUGCCAUAACCAGCCCGACCGGCCGCCCAGGAAGCCCGUCCGCCCAGGCAAAGCCUCCCAACAACUGCCCCCCGAACCCACCCAAGUGGGGAGCGAUGAAGAAGACUACAUCAAUCCAGAUUGCGGUAUCGAUGACGACAAUUACGUAGAACCUGAGGGAACUCCACCUUCCAAUCCAAUGCUGCAUGCUGGGAGCAGAGCAGCGAAGCCUACACCUUUACCAGAGUGUCCACCUAGUCCUGACUUUUAUGAAGUGCCUGACAAAGAGGGAAACUCAUUAUCUCUUCCAGCAAGCAGACCACGUCCAAUCCCCACAACACAUUCACAUUCGUUACCACCGAAGCCCAGUCCCAGAGUGAAUAUGAGGAGAUCCCCUACUGCUGUUCCGCAGCCGACAGACGAUGACGAAUACGAAGUUUGUGAUCCUGAUGACCGUUCCAGUGAUAAACCUGCAGAGGGUCCCUCUCUAACUCGACCCAAACCUUUGCCCAGAGAGAAGUCACCAAAACCACCUUUAAAACCGAGGCCAGAUUUAAAACCUAGGGAAUUUGACUGCCGAACGCUGCCUGUGAUCCAAAUCGACCAGAGGCCUCCACCCAAAACUUUCUCACUGGACUUCAAACGGCCAAAAAUUCCUCUUCCACAGUUGACCUCCCACACUGACAGACGAAGUGUGUCUGCUGAAAAUGAGUCCACAGACCAAGAUAAGGAUGCGGACGUCUAUAGGAAAUCCUGGUAUGCCAGCGAAUGUGACCGCAAGACUGCUGACGAUGUCUUGUGUCGCUCAAACAAAGACGGGGCUUUUAUGGUGAGGAAGAGCUCCGGUCAGGACGCACAGCAGCCCUACACAUUAGUGGUGUUUUACAAGGGCAGAGUGUACAACAUCCCGAUCCGCUUCAUCCCAGCCACUCAGCAGUACGCUUUGGGAAGAGAGAAAAGAGGGGAGGAGUAUUUCAGCAGCGUCUCCCACAUCAUCGAGAACCACCAGAAGAACCCUCUGGUGCUGAUUGACAGCCAGAGUAAUUCCAAGGACGCCACCAGACUGUGCUACCCUGCGAGGCCUUAGACGACCCUCGCUGAUGGCAAACAGCAGCGACUGGACUUGUGCGUCCUGACCUGCUGCGUUUACUGUCACACUAUUGUUUACAGAACUCAUUAUGUGAUGUGUUUCUCCUCCUUCAGUGUUAAUUUUGGGGUCCUGACAGCAGGAUUGGAUGCUGGACUCGUCUGCACUGCUGGCCAUGCAGAGCCAGAGUAACACUGACUCAGACGACUUUUCAACUUUUUAUUAAGAUGUUUUUUUUAAUGUUCAGUCAGUAAACAGUGUAUAAAAUUAAUGCAAGGAAUGAGACAGUGUUGCUGUAGCUCAAGGACGCAAGUAGACAAAGAAUUUGUUUAUGACAGCAAGACUUUGGGGAUCCAAAAAUACAAGGUUGUAUAUUUUUGUUUUUUUAAUAAAACUCUUUUCUGGUGUUGUAUUAACUCA